AUGGCUCCACUCACAAUGGAACUCGACACCAUGGAGCUCGACCGCCCUGCGCUGCAGUCGCGCUCCCCCAAGGGCAAAGACGUUGCCAAGAAACCCUCGAAGGCACCCACCUCGACCCACGAUCGCGACGACGCCGAGGCGAAAGCCCGCCUGCAGGUCGCCGAGAGCACAUACGGCCGCGGCGGGGGGAAGAUCAAGGUCAAGAACAUCAAAGACAAGAAGCUGCGCUACGAAGUACGGCGGCAGGAGCAGAAGCGCAAGGACGCUGCUCUACAGGCUCACGAUGCCGAGAUCCUGCUGGAACACCAGAGCGGUUUCCUCGAGCCCGAGACGGAGCUGGAGCGGACGUACAAAGUGCGCCAGGACGACAUCCGGGACGACGUUGCCAUCGAAACGGCAAAGAAAGGCUUCGAGCUGAAAUUGACAGAGCUGGGGCCGUACAAGGCCGACUACACGCGGAAUGGGCGGGAGCUGCUGCUCGCCGGACGCAAGGGCCAUAUCGCAACCAUGGACUGGCGCGAUGGCAAGCUGGGCUGUGAGCUGCAGUUGGGCGAGACGGUGCGCGACGCGAAGUGGUUGCACAACAACCAGAGCUUCGCCGUUGCCCAGAAAAAGUAUGUCUACAUCUACGACCACCAGGGAGUCGAGAUCCACAAGCUUCAGAAACACAUCGACGUCACCCACCUCGAGUUCCUGCCCUACCACUUCCUGCUCGCAAGCAUCGGCAACGCCGGCUACCUCAAGUACACCGACACCUCGACCGGUCAGAUGGUCAUCGAACUUCCGACACGACAAGGCUCUCCAACCGCAUUCGCGCAGAACCCAUACAACGCCAUACUACACGUCGGACACCAGAACGGACAGGUUUCGUUGUGGUCGCCCAAUUCGUCGGAUCCGCUGGUCAAGCUGCUCGCUCACCGAGGCCCGGUGCGGAGUAUUGCCAUGGACCGAGAAGGAAGGUACAUGGUUUCAACCGGCCAAGAUAUGAAGAUGGCCGUGUGGGAUAUUCGCAUGUUCAAGGAGGUCAACAGCUACUUUGUGCGGCAGCCUGGGUCGUCCGUCGCCAUUUCGGACAGAAACCUCACGGCGGUAGGCUGGGGCACGCAGGUAUCCGUUUGGCGCGGGUUGUUCGACAAGGCGCUCGAGGACCAGCAGAAGGUGCAGUCGCCGUACAUGGCGUGGGGCGGCGAGGGCAACAGCAUCGAGCGCGUGAAGUGGUGCCCAUACGAAGAUAUCUUGGGUGUUUCGCACAACAAGGGCUUCAGCAGCAUCAUCGUACCCGGCGCCGGCGAGCCCAACUUCGACGCUCUCGAGGUGAACCCUUACGAGAACGUCAAGCAGCGCCAGGAGGCCGAGGUCAGGCAGCUGCUCAACAAGCUGCAGCCUGAAAUGAUCUCGCUCAAUCCGGAUUUCGUCGGUGAUGUGGACCUGGCUUCGGCCGAGACUCGUCGCAAGGAGAAGGAUCUAGACGCGAAGCCGGAGGAUAUUGUGGAGAAACUGAAGAACCGAGGCAGGGGAAGGAAUGGUGCGCUGAGGAAAUACCUGCGGAAGAGAGGUCAGAAGAACGUGAUUGAUGAGAAGAGGAUGAAGCUGCAGCAAGCGCUCAAGGAGCAGAACAAGAGAGAACAGGCUGGGCUGCAGAGAGACAAGGAGAAGUAUGGCCCCGCGCUAUCACGAUUUGCGCGGAAGGGUGCUUGA